AAAAUUUUCUUGGAUUAUCCCUAAAUCUACUCAAGUUUUGAAGAAAUUUUCAGAGAUUAAAAGUCAUCAUCAAGUGGCACAAAAGAAGAGUUUGAAAUUGAUUCAAAUUGAGGAGUUCUAAGCAUAAAAGGUAUGAAUCUAGACUUGAAAGGAGGUAGAUGUGGGAAAAACUAAGGCAUCCCAUUCCAAAUAGGAUUGUGUUGUUAUCUUCGGCAUUUGGAUUGGAUAUUAGAAGCACAUUAGGGUUGGAUUUCUCCUUUGUCGAUAAAAAGGGGGCUUUGGCCAGCCAAGGGGGGCAACAAAAAUUGGAGAGAUCGAGAGGGAGAAAGAGAGCAGAAAUUCAAAGAAAGUGCAGAAAAUUGAGAAGGAAAUUGAGGGAAAAAAUGGGUUGUUGUUGAAGGAGAAGAAGGGGAAAUACAGAAGCUUGUAUUUGGAACUUCAAGAAAAUAAAGUUUUAUUUUUCCUAUCUUCUUCAGGUGUGCAUUGUUCAUAAUUUUUUUUCUGUCAUAUAUUAAUCAUUAAGUUGUUGGUUUGGAUUUGUCUAUAAUUUUUUGUGAAUUUUCUUCUGACCAUAAUAAUAGGAAUUUGUUAUC